AGGACUCCGGGACCUGUGAAACCGGCACACCAAGGCUGGAGCGGGGAGGUUCCGGGAGGCCAGGUGGCCCUCCACGCGCAGCCAGCCGGCAAAGCGCACGCGGACAGCGUUCAGACCGCGGACACAGUCCUCGCUUGUGUCCUGUGGGUUCCGCCCCUUCUGGCCCCGCCCGGCCCCGCCCCGAGGCGGUGAUACCCCCAGGCCCCGCCCCCCGCGAGCACUUCCGGCUCAGCGGAACGCGGGGUGCAGGUUGAGGUUGCCGGCGGUCCUGACCUGUGAAGGUGUUGGACAGGCCCCAUGAGCGCAGGACCUCUGGUGGGCUAUAGCAGCAGUGGCUCAGAGGAUGAGGCCGAGGACGAGGCUGAGGACGAGGCAGCGACCAAGGGGCGGACCAGGCCGGUGACUGGGGGCUGUCGUGGUGGCCAGAGCCCUGUUCCUAGUCAGAGGUUCCCAGUACCUGACAGUGUACUGAACAUGUUCCCCAGCACAGAGGAGAGGCCUGAGGAUGACAGUGCAAAACAUGGGGGACGAGUGCGCACCUUUCCCCACGAGCGAGGCAACUGGGCCACCCAUGUCUACCUACCAUAUGAAGCCAGGGAGGAGUUCCUGGAGCUGCUUGAUAUGUUGCUGCCCCACGCGCAGACCUAUGUGCCCCAGCUGGUGAGGAUGGAGGCCUUCCACCUCAGCUUGUCUCAGAGCGUGGUUCUGCGCCACCACUGGAUCCUCCCCUUCGUGCAGGCUCUGAAAGACCGCAUGGCCUCCUUCCAUAGAUUCUUCUUUACUGCCAACCGAGUAAAGAUUUAUACCAAUCAAGAGAAGACCAGCGGGCUGCUGCUUCUCCAUUGGCCCAACUCUAACUGGAGUAAAACCAUCCUUAAAGAAGCCUUCAUCAGAGGCAAACUAAAGAGCCCUCCAGACCUUGCUGUGUGGAGUGUCCCAGAUGCCAGCCCACAGAGGACACAUGCCACUGGGAGGACCCUUCAUUCCACAUCAGUCUGGCCUGGUGUGUGGGUGAUGCUCGUCCCCAGCUAGAAGGGCAGUGCCUGCAGGAACUACAGGAAAUCUUGGAUGAGUUUGAAGAUUCUGAGAUGCUGCUCCGUGUGUUCACCGAGCAAGUCCGCUGCAAGUCGGGGAACAAGUUCUUCUCCAUGCCUUUGAAGUGAACACAGGGGCCUUACUGUCCCAGGCCCGUCUGCAGGCCAGGCCUUGAUGAGGAUCCUGCUAGUCCAUGGGAAUGCUCCCAGCCUCCCUCUAAGAUGCCCAAUCAUGACUUCAGCCUGACUGAUGUGUUGCCAUUCUGGGUUAUUCCUGGGGGGCAGUUCUCCUGGCCCUUUUGGGUUUCAGGUUGGAUGAUGCUGUGUUGUGGUCAUUCCCAGAAAGCACCAGUAGAGGGCAGCCUGGGUUUCCUAAUUCUCACACUGAGGCUAUGCAGAAAAGAAAAAUGAGGGUCUCCAGGGUAGCCCACCCACACUCAGCCAGAAUCCCCACCAUAGUCCCUCUAAGGAACAGCCCUCUCCCCCACGCUUCCCCUUCAGUAUUUCCUAUUUUGAUGUCAUUGGCCUCAUACCAGGUUUUUUUUAAAUCGUUAUGCUCUGCCUUAUCCCUGUCGAGCAAAGACAUAGGGUACUUCAGAGAGCCUGUCACCCUCCUUCCUUGAAGUAUGUCAGUUUUAUUUAUUUACUUUUAAUCCCAGUCCCUACUGUGCCAACAGAGACCAUUUCAGGGCCAAGGUACGGGUGGUAAUUUGUGGUUCAGCAUCAGUUUUCUCCAUUCCUUCCUCCCACUGGCCCCCCAGCCAGGUGCCUGGGGAGACUUGAGCAGAUGUUUCAUUUUGGCCUAGCCAUGGCUGAAAGCCAGGCCUCCAACGCUUUGUGACCUCUGACUUCCCCACCAACUUUCCCAAAGAGGCAAGAGGCGCCUUCCCCUGUCAGUUCUACUGUGACCUCCUGCCUGCUAUAGCCUUGGCAUUCGGUAGGGAACGUGGAGCAAGAGCCAGGGAUGCCCAAAACCUUUAUUUUUUCAAUCCCUCACCGGAGUGAAGGACUAGCCCUCUCCAGUUAUUAUCUGGAUUUCCAGUAAUAGAUGAAGAAAUGUUUUUGUUACAGUUUCAAAUUAUGUUCAACAAAUAAA